GGCUCCCAAGGACGCCAGAGCCACCAGUGCUGCCAAUGUCCCCAGGGACACCAGUGGUCCCAGUGACACCAAUUACACCAGGGCCACCAGUGACGCCAGUGCUCUCAGUGACACCAGGGACACUG